GCAUUACAUUUACUUCAUAUCAGUAGCAAAACUCUCCAUUCUUCCCAAUUUUUUCAGCUUCCAUUUUGAAGGUGAUUAAAUGAAAAAUUUGGCUGCAGAACUUGUGACUAAAUUGAGAUCUUAUGGAGCAAAUGUUAGUUCAAAAUGGUGUUAAAAAGGUACAGUUGCUUCCGGCGGUAAAUGAUGACCAUGGAGGUGUUAUAGUAGAACUAGAGGAGCCUAUGGACCCAAAUAUCUUUCAUAACAUGCUUAGAAGUUCGUUACAUCAAUGGAAGCUGCAGGGGAAAAAGGGCGUGUGGAUUAAAAUGCCCAUUCAACUUGCAAAUCUGGUUGAACCUGCAGUUAAGGAAGGGUUUUGGUACCACCAUGCAGAACCUCAUUACCUGAUGCUUGUGUAUUGGAUUCCUGAAACUGGGAAUACAAUCCCUGCAAAUGCCUCACAUCGAGUAGGUAUUGGGGCUGUCGUCUUGAAUGAGAAAAGAGAGCUGCUUGUUGUCCAAGAAAGUAGUGGCAGAAUGAAGGGAACGGGGAUUUGGAAGAUCCCUACUGGUGUUGUUGAAGAGGGUGAGGAUUUAUUUGAAGCUGCAAUAAGGGAAGUAAAAGAAGAAACAGGAAUUGAUACUGAAUUUCUAGAAGUGCUUGCAUUCAGGCAGAUGCACAAGUCAUUCUUUGGAAAGUCAGACUUAUUCUUCAUUUGCAUGAUGCGCCCUCUUACGUUUAACUUACAAAAGCAAGAUUUAGAAAUUGAGGCAGUUCAGUGGAUGUCACUAGAAGUGUAUGGUGCUCAACCUUUUGUUCUGAAACAUGGCAUUUUCAAAUACAUCAAAGAUCUGUGCUUGGCAAAGGCAGAAGGGGGUUACCUGGGGUUUACUCCUGUACCGAUUAAAUCUUAUUUUGAUGAUCCUACGAGUUACCUUUAUUUCAAUGAAGAUGGUCUGGUCCAGUAAAACUCUGUAAUUCAUCUAUGAAGAAACAGAGUGGGGCAAUCACAUAUGCCAGAUUAACGGUAUGACUCACUUUUAUCUACACCGCUCUAUUCAGGUCUCAUUUCAUUCUAAUACUAGUAGUUCCCAAACUAAGAAGUAGGAUAAGUGAUAGCAUAGAUCUUCUGUUAUCCUAUAAUUGAUGUUUUAUAGUAGUCGUAUCGAUUGCUCGUACACCGAAAUAAAAUGUAUUUUCCAAGUCUUGUAUGCCUCAUUUUACGUAGUGUAUCCAAUGAACCACAGAAGGCAUACUUCUUCCAAUUUGCUUGCUUCGUUUCUUAUUCUUUGUUCAUCUAAUUAGUAAUUUCUCAUGUAAAAUCCUUACCUAUGGAGCAAGUACUUUGUUGGAGGAGUGUAAUUGUAUUUUUAUCCCGAGUGUGUAGCUGUAUUGACUACACUGAACGGAAGGAAACAACUAAAGGAAUCCUGAUGAGGUGCUAAUUUAUGAAAAGGUUUUAUAAUGCUACUAUUUUGUUUAUAAUAAUGUUGGAUUAGUUAGAGUUUAUGGGUUAGCAUUUGAGAGAAGGAAGCUUGUCCCUCGUUAGAAAAAUAGAGAAAGGUAGAGGUGCUUUUAAACACUUCUAGUCUUAUUUGGUUUGAAUAAUUUGAGGGAUAUUUGGAGGGAAACCAAUUGUGGCUAUAUUUUAAUUUAAUUUUAGUCACCUAUUAUUUCUUUUAUUUAAUUAAAAAGUCUUUAUUAAUUAUUCAAAACGUUUCAAUAGUUCUAUUUUAAAUUUAAAGGUGCCCGUUGAUUCCAACAGCUCCUAGAGGUAUUACAAAUACCUGUUGUCUCUCCAAAAACUAUAUACAUCAACAACUACAGAAUUAUUUCUUCCUCUCUCUUUCUAUUAUUUUUGCAACUCACAAAGUUUGUUCUUGUGAAAAUUCGGAUUAAUUGCUACUAUUCGAAUUUCGUUGUCUUGGUAAAUUCCUGGAGGAAUUGUGUUACCAUCGCUGCAACAACGACGUGGGAGGCUUAAAUUCCUUAAGGAUAAUGAUUACACUAUCAAAGACGGUGUAUUUCUAACAAAUAAUGUGAUUUAAGAUAGAGAGUGGCUCAGUGGCCUUAGGCAGUCUCUUCAAAAUGUUCUUUGGAUUUUUUUUAAAGCAUUUUCUGACAAAUGUUUUUGGGUAGUUCUUUCAAAGUUACAGUCGUUAGUUUUCACCCUUAGGUUAUCCUUUGUGUUUUCACUUCAGACAACAAUUUUGCAAAUUAGAAUUUUUCUUAUUUUUGGAGCCAAUUUUGUGUUUUAGCUGUUAUCGCCGGGGUUCGUGCGCGGGGGGAUUAGUUUUGGACAUAAAUGAUUCCUUUUACUAUUUCCAUUUUUCUAAUGCAACGUAAAACAAAAGCAACUUAAGAUGAGGUGAUGAAUCUGUAAUGAUUCAUGAAAUUUUGGAGAGCCAACAUUGGGGAAUCCGAAAGUCAAUCAUUCCACUGCUUUAUAAGUAUGUACACUAAAGAGAACCGAUUGAAGAGUAAAUACAUAUCCAACUUUGAACUGUUAGGCAUAAAUACUGUGAUAGGGGAGUAGGAGGCCAUUCUAAAUGCUGCUGUAGCCUGGUCCUCAGUGGGAUCUACUUCUGCAAGCAAGAGACAGUGUUGGUCACAAAACCUGUUAACUGAAAUUGAACUUGGUGAACUUGUUUCGAGUCUCGGAAUGUUGCUUGUUGACUCCUCAGGGCUGAUUUUCUUAAUCAGCAGUUAAUAAUUAUGCUUUUUAUUAACCCUUAAAUAGGGGUAAGGACCCCACUUGUAGAAAAUUACUAGAUUUUUUGUUGUUGUAGAUGGCACUAUAAUUAUUUAGAAAGUACUAUUAGAUGAGUUGAUCUUAUUUCGAGCUUUA